AUGCGAAAGCCACUGGAAGAAGAGCUUGAAAGGCUACAGUCCCUCGGCAUAAUUGAAAAGACUGAAGGACCAACCCCUUGGGUAUCUCCAAUCGUGGCAGUACCGAAACCACAUGACCCCGAGCAUAUUCGAAUGUGUGUCGACAUGCGCUGUGCUAACCAAGCCAUCCAGCGUGAGAGACAUGUCACACCGACAGUGGACGACAUCCUUGUUGCUUUGAAUGGAUCCAUCUUAUUCUCUAAACUUGAUCUGAAAGAUGGAUACCACCAAUUAGAACUUGAUGCAUCAUCUCGUGUGAUCACCACAUUCUCUACACAUGCUGGACUCUUCCGAUACAAGAGACUCAACUUCGGAAUCAACUCAGCAGCCGAAGUGUUCCAGGACACCAUCCGUCAGGUUCUAACCAACAUCCCCAAUGUGCUCAACGUAAGCGAUGACAUAUUGGUGUAUGGAAAGACUGAGAAAGAGCAUGAUGAAGCUUUGAAGGCGGCACUGGAAUGUCUACUUGCAAGUGGCCUCACAUUGAACGUCAAGAAAUGCAAAUUCUACCAACAGGAACUUACCUUUUUCGGGCAUGUAUUCUCAAGCAAAGGUGUACAACCAGACCCCACUAAGGUGUCUGCAGUAAUCGGUGCCUCACCACCCACCAGUGCCAGUGAAGUGAAAUCUCUCCUUGGUCUUGUUAACUACUGUGGUCGGUUCAUACCGAAUCUGGCCCACCUCACCCAACCACUCAGGAAACUCACAGCCAAAGGAGAGGACUGGUGUUGGACAGACAUACAGCAAGGUGCCCUGGACGAACUGAAGAGAAAGCUUUCCGAGGCCACAGCUCUUGCCUACUUUGACCCAGGAAAGGACAUCACACUCAUUGUAGAUGCUGCUCCUCAUGGCCUAGGUGCCAUUCUCACGCAGACUUCCGGAAGUGCAACCAGGGUGGUAGCAUAUGGGAGUCGUGCCCUUUCUCCUGUGGAGGCACGCUACUCUCAAAUUGAAAGGGAAAUGCUGGCUGUAGUGUGGGGAAUUGAGCACUUUCACAUCUACCUGUAUGGGACAGCAUUCCACCUACUAGCGGACCACAAGCCAUUGGUCAGUAUUCUCAGCAACCCCCGCUCCCUGCCUUCAGCACGGCUAGAGCGUUUGGCACUUCGAAUUCAACAAUACACCUUUGAAGUGCAACAGACUAGUGGUCCAAGCAACCCAUCUGACUACUUGUCCCGCCACCCAGUAAACUCCACAGAACCAUUUCGGCGCAUGGAGUCUGUCGCUGAGCAGUAUGUGAACUUCAUCGUGUCUCACAGCCUACCUCGUGCCAUGACCAUAAAGGAGGUAACCGAAGCGACGUUAGCUGACCCGGUGAUCAACUCACUCAAGCAAGCCCUAAAGCAACCCCAGAAAGGCAAACAUUGGAAGAACACAACUCUACAGCCUUUCUCUCGCGUUGCGACAGAACUGUCAGUCUCCAAAGAAGGCCUUGUGUUAAGAGGCACGCGGAUAGUACUGCCAGCACAACUUCACACAAAGGCGGUGCACCUUGCACAUCGAGGCCACCAAGGCAUUGUCAAGACAAAACAGCUGUUGCGUGAGAAGGCGUGGUUCCCAGGGAUAGACUCUCUAGUGGACCAGACAGUUAAGAGCUGCCUGGCAUGCCAAACCAACACACCGGUACACCAUCGAGACCCUUUACCAAUUCAGGAGCUUCCUCAAGGCCCGUGGACAGAACUGUCGUUAGAUUUUGCUGGCCCUUUCCCUGAUGGCAAGUAUGCCAUGGUAGUUGUGGAUGAUUUCUCCAAGUACCCAGUCGUUAGCAUCUUACACACUCUUGCAGCACCUACAGUCAUCAAGCAACUGCGCACUAUAUUCGCUCAGUUCGGCUGUCCGAAAAUUGUAAAGUCAGACAAUGGCCCACCCUUUCAGAGUGAGGGUUUUGCAGAGUUUGCUAGCGAGCUUGGAUUCAAGCAUCACGGCAUCACUCCACGGUGGCCAGAGGCUAACGGGGAAGCCGAACGAUUCAUGCGCACCCUCAAGAAGUCGAUACUCGCAAGUCGUGUCAGCCACUUGGAUUGGACCAAUGAGCUUCAGUCGUUUCUCCUGGCUUACAGGUCCACACCCCAUGGUUCCACAGGGAAGUCUCCGUUUGAACUUCUAUUUGGGAGACCCAUGAGGAAUCUUCUACCGACACUUGCUGCUGAUACUCAGAACUCAGCUCACUCUGAGGCGAGACAGAAUGACACCCAAAGAAAAGCAUACAACAAGCAGUACGUCGAUUUUCGGAGACACACCAGUCACAACCAGCUGCAUGUUGGACAACAAGUCCUCUGCAAACAAGACAGGUCAAAGAAGUUCUCGUCUUAA